UGUUUGUGACAUCAACGAGAAAGAAACAGUAGAGAUGGAACGGUCGACAAAAUGUACCAGAGUAAAACUUAUCGAAUGGGAUUCCGAAUGUAAUGGGCUUAUAUUUUUUGCUUUGUUGCAAAAACAGUAUUGGACAGGUGCUCUUCAGCUGGUGGAAACAGGAUGUGUUGGGAUUCACCAUAUCCUUGUCGGAUGUGUCUUAUUAAACGACGAAUUGAACAAUUGGAAAACAACAACAGCCUUGAAGGAAAAACUACAACUUUUGCAAAGCGCAUUUACUGAGAGGGCCAUUGGUAUCACAAGCUGCAUAUACGAAGCAGAUAAUAUUGCAGAUAAUAACAUAACUAAAGAAUCUGACAUGGACAGGAUUGAGAAAACUACAGACGAUACAGAGCUUGGUGACAAUAUAAAUCAUGCUGGAAGGCUGUUGUUGAAUCAUAGAUAUCUAAGGGAUGCUAUUAAUACUCAAAACAAUACUUUCCUGAAAAAUGACACAGUAAGAAAAGUUUUAAACAAACAGUGGUAUGGCACAGAAGAAGUUGACUCGCAGACGAUUUUCAGAUUUAUUUUUCUUGUUGCAGCCCACUUAAUUCUGCUGCCCUUGUUGAUGAUCAACAUGGAAGCACGCCCAUUACGUCGGUUUUACAAGCAGUACAAGUUGCCUUUUCUGAAAGUAGUUAUACAUAUGCUGGGGUUCUUAGUUCUCCUUAUUGCAUAUGCAUAUAUGCUGCUAUUUGACUACGGUGAUAAAGGUCUUACCUCUUCUGAUUAUUUCAUCAUAGUUUUGAUUAGCAGUUUUGUGGUAGAUGAAAUUAAGCAGGUAAUUGUUGCUUUUCUUAGAGGACAAUUAAAAAGUUACGCAAGUGAUUGGUGGAAUACAUUAGAUUGGUUAUUUAAUAUAUCAUACACGCUAGGAAUGCUACUGAGAGCUGGUGGCGGAUCAGGAUUCCUGAAUACGUCAAAAUGUCUAUUACUUUUGGCAUUUAUGAUUCUUUGCGUCAGAAUACUAAAUAUAUGUUGCAUGACCGAGUUUUUAGGACCAAAGUUGAUCAUCAUACGUAAAAUGAUUAAACAAACUGUUGCCUUCAUGAUUAUUAUGACUGUCAUAGUGGUGUGGUACAGUGUAUCAUUUCAUGCACUUUUAUAUCCAAAUUCUGAGUUCACUUGGAGAGAAAUCGAAAAAAUUCUGUCAAAUGGUUAUUGGAUGUUAUUUGGAGAAAUAAACUUGAAGGAUGAAAAAGUAACAGUACGGAACUGUACUAAUACAAUCAAUGGAACCGUAGACGGUAAUGAUAAUGUACAGCAAUCUGCUACACAACUUGGUGAAGACCUCACACCUUACUUAAAAGCCUUAUACGGAUUGAUAGCAGUAGUUUUACUGUUAAAUCUGCUGAUAGCUCUGUACAGUGACACCUUCAAUUUAGUUCAACAACAAUCUGAGUUUUAUUGGAGGCAGAUACAGACUGAUUUUCUUGAGGAAUAUAGUAUCAAAACAAUAUUUCCAAUUCAUCUCCAGUUACUUGCAUUACCGGGAAUAAUUACUGCAAUUAUAUUGGUUUGCUAUUCGAACUUACGAGGGAAAUUAUCAAAUAAAUACAACAUUCAUGAGGGAAAGGCAAAGCUUAACAAUCGACCAAUGCUUGUCAGAGUUUUUCUGUAUGAUACGAAUUAUGAUUUAAAACUUAAAUCGACAGAAGAUGCAGAAGAGAAAGGUGCGCUGGACAACAAAGGGAAAAUAGACCUCGAAGAUUUUGACGCAAUUGCGACCAUGAACAAGAUAGCAGAUAGUUUGAAAGAUUUAAAAGAAAAGAAACAAAUGAGAGAACUUGAUUCUAAAAGAGCUGACAGACGAAAUCAUGAGACAAUGAACAAACUGGAAAAAAUAGAAGAUAGUUUAAAAGAUAUGCAAGGAAUGAAACAAAUGUUGUUGGAAAGACAGCAAAUUAUGGAAAUAAUGUUGAAAGAAAUAAUGAAAAAGUUGGAUAUAGAAACAAGAGCAAAACCUGAUCGUAAGACGGUUGACUGUUCUGACGAAGGACAAGAAUCAACUUGAGUUCUGAUUUUUGUAAAUUGUAAGUAAA